AUGCCUGAGCCGGGGAAGAAGCCAGUGUCAGCCUUUAGCAAGAAGCCACGGUCCGCGGAGGUGGUCGCCGGCAACCCUGCAGUGUUUGAGGCGGAGACAGAGCGGGCAGGCGUGAAGGUGCGCUGGCAGAGGGAAGGCAAGGACAUCGGGGCCAGCGACAAGUAUGGGCUGACAGUUGAGGGCCGGCGGCACACGCUGACAGUGCGGGAUGUGGGCCCAGCCGACCAGGGCUCCUAUGCAGUCAUUGCAGGCUCCUCGAAGGUCAAGUUCGAGCUCAAGGUCACGGAGGCAGCCCCCCCAGAGAAGACUGAACUGGAGCCAGCCCCCACCCCCACCCCUGCUGUGGUCCAGGGACACCCGGCUCCAACCACUGAGCUGGACUCAAGAUCUAGUCCUAAAGGUGAGAGGGGGCUGGUCCCCGAUGGCCCAGCUCCUGAAAGCCAGGGAGCCCCUGAUGACCCCAUUGGUCUCUUCCUGAUGCGGCCGCAGGAUGGCGAGGUGACCGUGGGUGGCAGCAUCACCUUCUCAGCCCGCGUGGCAGGGGCCAGCCUGCUCAAGCCACCCGUGGUCAAGUGGUUCAAGGGCAAGUGGGUGGACCUCAGCAGCAAGGUGGGCCAGCAUCUGCAGCUGCAUGACAGCUACGACAGGUCCAGCAAGGUCUACCUGUUCGAGCUACGUAUCACUGAUGCCCAGACCACCUCUGCCGGGGGCUACCGUUGUGAAGUGUCUACCAGGGACAAAUUUGACAGCUGCAACUUUAACCUCACUGUCCAUGAGGCCGUUGGCCCUGCAGACCUGGACCUCCGAUCAGCUUUCCGACGCACGAGCCUGGCUGGAGCAGAUCGGCGGACCAGUGACAGCCAUGAGGAUGCCGGGAUUCUGGACUUUAGCUCCCUGCUGAAGAAGAGCAGCAGUUUCCGGAGGGACUCGAAGCUGGAGGCGCCGGCAGAAGAGGAUGUGUGGGAGAUCCUGCGGCAGGCGCCCCCCUCAGAGUACGAGCGCAUCGCCUUCCAGCAUGGGGUCACGGACCUGAGGGGCAUGCUGAAGAGGCUCAAGGGCAUGAAACACGAUGAGAAGAAGAGCACAGCCUUUCAGAAAAAGCUGGAGCCAGCUUACCAGGUAAACAAAGGCCAAAAGAUCCGGCUGACCGUGGAGCUGGCUGACCCAGAUGCUGAAGUCAAGUGGCUUAAGAAUGGACAGGAGAUCCAGAUGAGUGGCAGCAAGUACAUCUUUGAGUCCAUUGGAGCCAAGCGCACCUUGACCAUAAGCCAGUGCUCGCUGGCAGAUGACGCAGCCUAUCAGUGCGUGGUGGGUGGUGAGAAGUGCAGCACUGAGCUCUUCGUCAAAGAGCCCCCCGUGCUGAUCACACGGCCCCUGGAGGACCAGCUGGUGAUGGUGGGACAGCGUGUGGAGUUUGAGUGUGAAGUUUCUGAAGAGGGGGCCCAAGUCAAAUGGCUGAAGGAUGGCGUGGAGCUGACCCGGGAGGAGACCUUCAAAUAUCGGUUCAAGAAGGAUGGGCAAAAACACCACCUGAUCAUCAAUGAGGCAUCGCUGGAGGAUGCCGGGCAUUAUGCGCUGCGCACGAGUGGGGGCCAGUCGCUGGCUGAGCUCAUUGUGCAGGAGAAGAAGCUGGAGGUGUACCAAAGCAUUGCAGACCUGGCUGUGGGCGCCAAGGACCAGGCCGUGUUCAAGUGCGAGGUCUCAGAUGAGAACGUGCGGGGAGUGUGGCUCAAGAACGGGAAGGAGCUGGUGCCUGACAGCCGCAUAAAGGUGUCCCACAUUGGGAGGGUCCACAAACUGAUCAUUGACGACGUCACCCCUGAUGAUGAGGCUGACUACAGCUUUGUGCCCGAAGGCUUCGCCUGCAACCUGUCUGCCAAGCUACAUUUCAUGGAGGUCAAGAUUGACUUUGUGCCCAGGCAGGAACCCCCCAAGAUCCACCUGGACUGCCCAGGCCGCACACCAGACACCAUUGUCGUUGUGGCUGGGAACAAGCUUCGCCUGGAUGUCCCUAUCUCUGGGGACCCUGCUCCCACUGUGAUCUGGCAGAAGACCAUCACACAGGGGAAGAAAGCCCCAGGUGGGCCAGCCCCUGGUGCCCCAGACGAUGCAGGUGUCAGUGAUGAAUGGGUGUUUGACAAGAAGCUGCUGUGUGAGACCGAGGGCCGUGUUCGUGUGGAGACCACCAAUGACCGAAGCAUCUUCACAGUUGCGGGGGCAGAGAAAGAAGAUGAGGGCGUUUACAGUGUCACAGUGAAGAACCCCGUGGGCGAGGACCAGGUCAACCUCACAGUCAAGGUCAUCGAUGUGCCAGAUGCCCCUGCGGCCCCCAAGAUCAGCAACGUAGGUGAAGAUUCCUGCACCGUGCAGUGGGAGCCGCCCGCCUAUGACGGAGGGCAACCGGUCCUGGGCUACAUCCUGGAGCGCAAGAAGAAGAAGAGCUACCGCUGGAUGAGGCUCAACUUCGACCUGCUGCGCGGGCUGAGCCACGAGGCGCGGCGCAUGAUCGAGGGCGUGGCCUACGAGAUGCGCGUGUACGCAGUCAACGCCGUGGGCAUGUCCAGGCCCAGCGCCCCCUCGCAGCCCUUCAUGCCCAUCGGACCGCCCAGUGAACCCACCCAUCUGGCUGUGGAAGAUGUGUCUGACACCACUGUGUCGCUCAAGUGGCGACCUCCAGAGCGCGUGGGCGCAGGUGGCCUGGAUGGCUACAGUGUGGAGUACUGCCAGGAGGGCAGCUCCGAGUGGGUGGCUGUCCUCCAGGGACUGACUGAGCGUACCUCACUGUUGGUGAAGGACCUACCCACUGGGGCCCGGCUGCUGUUCCGUGUGCGGGCGUACAAUGUGGCUGGGCCUGGGGCCCCUGUCACCACCAAGGAGCCUGUAACAGUGCAGGAGAUACUGCAACGUCCACGCCUGCAGCUGCCCAGGCAUCUGCGUCAGACCAUUCAGAAGAAAGUUGGGGAGCCUGUGAACCUUCUCAUCCCUUUCCAGGGCAAACCCCGGCCUCAGGUGACCUGGACCAAAGAGGGACAGCCGCUGGCAAGUGAGGAGGUCAACAUCCGCAACAGCACCACAGACACCAUCCUGUUCAUCCGCACUGCCCGCCGCAUCCACUCGGGCACCUACCAGGUGUCAGUGCGCAUUGAGAGCAUGGAGGACAAGGCCACGCUGGUCCUGCAGAUUGUGGACAAGCCAACUCCUCCCCAGGACAUUCGGGUCACGGAGGCCUGGGGUUUCAAUGUGGCUCUAGAGUGGAAACCACCCCAAGAUGAUGGCAACACAGAGAUCUGGGGUUACACUGUCCAGAAAGCUGAUAAGAAGACCAUGGAGUGGUUCACAGUCUUUGAGCAUUACCGCCGCACCCACUGUGUGGUGUCAGAGCUCAUCAUUGGCAACGGUUAUUACUUCCGUGUCUUCAGCCAUAACAUGGUGGGUCCCAGUGACAGAGCGGCCACCACCAAGGAUCCUGUCUUUAUUCCCAGACCAGGUAUCACAUAUGAACCACCCAAGUACAAGGCCCUGGACUUCUCUGAGGCCCCAAGCUUCACCCAGCCCUUGACAAAUCGAUCGGUCAUCGCAGGCUACAAUGCCAUCCUCUGCUGUGCUGUCCGGGGUAGUCCCAAGCCUAAGAUUUCCUGGUUCAAGAAUGGCCUAGAUCUGGGAGAAGAUGCCCGCUUCCGCAUGUCCAGCAAGCAAGGAGUAUUGACCCUGGAGAUCAGAAAGCCCUGCCCCUUUGAUGGGGGUGUCUAUGUCUGCAAGGCCACCAACCUGGAGGGUGAGGCACAGUGUGAGUGCCGCCUGGAGGUGCGAGUGCCUCAGUGACAAAGCUGGCUUCCUAAGGAUGGGAUGGCCAGGUACAACCGGAUGCCAGCCCAUGUGCCCCAGGAACCUGAGGAGCCCUCCUUCCUGCCAUUGGAUGUGUGUGCCUAUGCAGUGUGUUCUGGGCUGGGCUGAGCAUGAUCAGGAGGGCAGCAGUUAUGAUGGGCAGG